GGCACUAGGACCAGGCGGGGGACAGACAGUCUUUACAACCAGGGGAGGGAGGUUUCACUACGACUGGAAUUUGAACAAAGUUCUUCUUAAAACAUUGUCACCUGUAGCAGCUAACAUUUUAUUUAUUAUUAUAGCGUUUUUUUAUUUUAAAAUCUCAGUUGAACAGGGUGUCGGAUUUUAGCGUCUAUAUCUUCCUUUUUUCUCGUGAGAUCUUCCUGAAAACACCUGCGUGCGUGAUUCAGGUAACUCACCGGUGAGGAGGGAAGUUUCUGGGCAGUGAACGGCGGAAAGCUUGUCCUGCAGGGAUGUGUUCAAGUCGAGGUUUAUGCGGCGAUGACAACCGUCCCAACAGAGCCUCAAGCUCAGAGGGCUCUGGCUCUGGGGCCCACUAUGCCCUGUGUGCCCUGGGAGUGGGACUCAUCGCCCUGGGCAUUGUCAUGAUUGUGUGGACCGUGAUACCCAUGGACGGAGAGGACACCCCCACCUCAGCAGGCAACUCCACCGGUAAACCUAUCAAUGAUGAUAAAGAAGGAACAGACCGAGACUCAAAAUCCCCUACAGUGGCUAUGGUACUGGUUGGAGUUGGUGCCGCCAUGUUGCUUUUAUCCAUUUUCCUUGGUGUGAGGAACAAGAGGAGGCGAGGCAAUGCAAGAAGUCAGGCAGUGGCAACAGGAGUUCCCCUCAUGAACCACGCGGCAGGGCAGCAGGAGGAAGCUGCAGACCCGACUACAUUCAACGUGCCAAGCUACGAGGAAGUUGUUGGCAGUGAUGACUACCCCGUCCGCCAGAGCAAUCUUCGCAGUAGCACCUCCCAGCUGCCGUCCUACGAGGACAUCAUAGCUGCUGUGAAUAACGAGGGUAGAGAGACCAAUGACAACCCCACUGAAGACGCUCCUCCGAAUGAUGCCGCAGCAGCUCCGGCUGAACCCGCUGGCCUUACGCCAAACCCAAGCCUUCCCACCCGCAGCGCCAGCCGGGCCAGCCGACUACUGCGGCCCCUCCGGGUGAGGAGGAUCAAGUCAGAUAAACUGCACCUGAAGGACUUCCGCCUCCAAAUCCGCACCCCCACACAAAAUCCAGUGACCAUUGAACCCAUCACUCCACCACCGCAAUAUGACAAUAAGGUGCCAGAAUUAGAGUAGUGUCUGUCGCUGAUUAUUGAAAAAAUAUCUCUGUAUAAAAUGGACUACCAAUAACAUUUCUGAGAACCCAUUUACAAGGUUGGCAUUAAGUAGGCUAAAUGUGGCUUGAAGCAGCGUGAUGGAGGCCCAGCAGGAGAGACCCCCCUGAAAUGAGAACAUUGUCUUCAUUGCUGACGCAUAUUUAUUCUGUAAUAAAGCAAAAUUAAGUCUGUGUUAAAGGUUCUGCUGUCACAGUUGAGAUUUUGUGAUAGACACCCUGCCAUAAUUUAUGCCAAUCAUGCCUUUCAGUUUUAUUGAAUAACAAUUUGUGCGUUUUAAUGGACAAUAUUGUAAACGCAUAAAUUGUUUUUCAUCUUACAGAAGAACUAAAUAUUCCUGGUGUGUUAUUCCUGAUUAGUUUUGAGAAGUUUAAACCGUAUUGUUGUGAUUCAAAAAGGGGUAAAGAGAAAAUAUUUUCUGGAAAAAUGUGCUUUUAAGUAUCCUACAGUGUGCAACUUUUAUGUGAUUGGUAAUGCACUGAGAUCCAAAAUGUAGAAUGUAUUGUCCAUGUUUGUUAUUUGUUGUAAGUUGUUUUUUAAGUAUUUGUCUUGAACACACUGUUUCCUGAAAAUGAGAAAGCCCUCCGUAUGAUGUCCAGUGUGAAAUGUAAAAUACUGAAAACAGUUAUAAUCUACUGUAACACUAACCACAGAAAAACUAUUGGAUUUUCUGGUACAACAUGGAUGUUAUCAAUGCAUUGUUUUUCAGGACUCUUUUAGAGUUUAAAAGUUUAAACUAUGCUUUAGGAUGUUUGCAAAAAAGUGGUGGAAAAUGUUUUUCUAUUUUAUUCAGGAUCAUGUCAAGAUUUUAUACUUUUUGUUGUUAAAUAUCACUGAAAAUUACUUGUGUACGUUUAAUUCUUUAAACAUUAUCUCCCUUAGAUACCAAGAUCAGUAAAAGUAAGUAGGUCCUCUAAAUACAUUUGUGCCAUGAUUUUAAGCUGUAAAUUUGAUAAAGCUGUAUUUAUUUUGAAAGAGAUAAAUAACUUCAUCGUGCUUCCUGUUAAUAAAAUCUAACUGUA